AUGAACCAUGCAAGGAAAGCGCCAAUAGCUAACUUCUUUGCAGGAUGCGCCAUCAUCUGUUACGAUUGCCACAGCGACCAAGGCACAUGCAACGAAGGCGAAUGUGAAGGACUUGUGUGCAUCAAAAUGGAGACGUCAAACAAGGACAACGACCGGAGGACGAUUCAAAAGAGUUGCGGUGACGAACACGAGGAGGUCGCGUGCCAGCAGUCUGGCUUCGGCAGCAAAUGGAUGUCACGAUGUGUUUGCGACACUCCGCUUUGCAAUGGAGAUCAGGCGUUGAUUGACGCCGGUCUGGAGCCGUCCUCAGCAGCUCCUCCACCUGGUCAAUUCACACAGUUCGCACUGCUGGUCGCUAUCCUGGUGUUCGUCGGCGCCAGCUGCUCAUUGAUAGUGAUCGCCACGAUCUGUGUUCAAUUCUGCUAG